ACGUCGGCCACAACGGACAACGCUCGCGUGCGUUUCAGAAGUCCACAAACAACAACGACGUUGUGGGGUUAUUGUUAUUUGUACAUUUGCUUUGAAGAGGAAGAGGAAAUCGGAGACGAGGCGCGGCGCGGGAGACGGCGACAGUUUGUAGUGGAAGCGGCGGUUGUGGAAGAAUUAAAAAGAACGAAAGAAAGCCGACUCGAAAAUAAAAAUCGAAGAACGUCGAGAAAGCACAGCACUUACCACAAGCCAGAGCAGGACGGAACGAGGAGGAAGACAGACGGUCCUGAACGCGCUUUUUGGCUAGGAAUCACCACAUGAGAAUGGUCAACCAUCAUUCAAAUGGCGGCGGCAGUGCCGGAAACAGCAGCGGCAGCCUGCGAGGCGGCGGCGGAGGGGCCCACGGUGGUGGCGACUACUCCGGUGAUGAUCGGAGUGGCGGCGGCGAGGAGCGCGAGAGAUUGGACGGGGAUCUGCACGAUAAGCCCACCUACCUGCUGGAGCACCUGGCCACCUUUACCGUGAACAAGGAGUCGGGCAUUGUGUACCCAGCGGAUGGUAUGCGCCGUCUGCUCCAGCUGGAGAAGACCACGGGCAUCUGGUCGCAGAAGAUGCAGCUCUGCCUCGACUACCAGUGGGUGCUCAUCAUGGACUACGAAACGGGGAACAUCAUUGAGCGUUUCCCGGCCUCACUUGUCCAGGAGCCCACGGCCUUCACCUCCAACGAUGCCAUGGAGCUGUACAACAACAUUCUCGUAUUCAUUGUAUCCGGCGGCGGCGGCUCCCGCUCAGAGAUGCACAUAUUCCAGUCACAAAGCGUAUCCGCCGUGCAUUUGGUGGAGGAUCUGAAGCAGCUGCGCAGCGGCAAGAUGAUCACACAGCAGCGCGGGGCCACGCCCACGCAGUCGGCAGGAGCCUCCGGUAUGGCCAUGAUGAUGAGCAAGACCUCCUCUUCGUCGUCGCACAGCAGGGCCGAGCUCCACCAGCAAAGGGAGCAGCGCGGUGACCGGGAGAGAGACAGGGAACGCGAGAGGGAUAGAGAGAGGGAGCGGGACCGGGAGCGGGAGAGUCACCAUCACAUGCACCAAAGGAGCAGCGUGGAGCAGUACGGGAUGCGAGGCGGCGGAGCCGUGACCGAAGUGGACCUGGGCCACAACGGGGAGACGGACUCGGAGCACGGUGGAGUCAACGAGCGGGACGAGACGAGCUCCACCUCCAGCGAGAAGUACGAGCGGGACGUGGCCGUGCUCAACCAUUGCUUCGACGAUAUUGAAAAGUUUAUAGCGCGACUGCAGCACGCCGCCGCUGCCUCAAGAGAGCUGGAGAGGCGCAGGAGGAACCGGAAGUCAAAGAAGCGAGACCCAGGAGAGGGCCUGCUCACGCUGAGGACACGGCCACCACACGAGAAGGAGUUCGUGGAUAUAUUCGCCAAAUUCAAGCUGUCGUUCAACCUGCUGGCCAAGCUGAAGGCACACAUCCACGACCCGAACGCCCCGGAGCUGGUGCACUUCCUCUUCACCCCCCUGGCCCUCAUCGUCGAGGCCUCAAGCGACACCUACUACGAGUCACAACUGCCGGCGCGCGUCGUCAACCCGCUGCUGACGCGGGAGGCCAUCAAUCUGCUCAUCAACUGCGUUACCAGCAAGGAGACGGAGCUGUGGCGGUCUCUGGGCGAUGCCUGGGUCAUUCCACGCGACCAGUGGAAGGACGACGUCGGCUCCUACCACCCCGUCUUCCUCGACGGCUGGUCCCCCGACUACCUUAUCAACGACGAGCUGGAGCCCACUUCCCCGCCAGCUCAUGUGAGCAAGCGUCGUCUGGAGGUUCAGGCCGGACCUGGCCACGGCUCCGGAUUGAACGGACGGGGUCCGCCAGGCGGAGGCGUCUACGAUGACUACGACACUGGGAAUGGCAUGGCCAUGGCCAUGGGCAUGGGCAUCGAGAAGUACACCAUCCACCAUGGCAACGAUCGGGAGAGGGAACGCGAUCGGGAUAGGGAUCGUGCAGGUGCCAUCAGUGCCUCAGACUUCAAUACCCGCAGCGAGCUGUCCUUCGACUCGAUAGAGCGGGGUGGAGCUGCGGGCCAUGGCCCAGGGCCUGGGGCAGGACCCACACUAAGCGCCAUCACCGCGGGCCUCCAGAACCUCCACACGCGAGACUCUCGUGACGGAAACGGAGGAAGAGGAGGAGGAGGAGGCGGUGGCGGAUAUGGGCCAGGUGCUGGAGCCGCCUCAGAGUUGUCGGUGGCAGGUGGACGCGCGACCAAUGUCAGCGACGACCAGAUGCUGGAGUCCUGGUUGGAGGAUCUGCAGACGGGAGGCUCGAAGAUUGUGCUGGUCACCUAUCCGCGUACCGCCAACAACGACAAGGAGCUCAGUGUAAUGCGAGGCGAAUACCUGGAGAUCCUCGAUGACACCCGGAAGUGGUGGAAGGCGCGCAAUAUGCGCGGCCAGGUGGCCCAUGUCCCGCACACGAUCGUCACGCCCUUCAACUAUGGCGACGGCGACGGAGCCCAGUACUAUGGACAGCCGCCGCAGCAGCAGCAGCAGACCCUGACGCAAGGGGGUCCUGCCAGCAAGUCCCGACCAGGGGACAACCCUGGAAUGGAACAGCGAUCACCCGAUCCCACGGACAUGAUGCGCAGCAAGCAUCUGGGGAAGAAGGGCGAGUUCCGUUACUUCUAGAACCGAUUAAUCGAAAUACACACCCACGCAUAUAUACACAGACACAGGCACGGAUAUAUAUAUUCGAUAGUGAGAGCAUAAUAGAGCGACAGACACGUCCGUCUAGACUAAAACGUCCACUUCCCCCGCAAAUUAAAAAAUAUUAAACCAUAAGACUAACCUAAGUUCAGGCCCAGAUCCCCCCCAGAUUGGAGAUGCGGCAGGAUAUAUACAUAGCUAAAGCUAAAGCUGAAGAGCUGAUGGAGAGGCGCAGGCAAUAAAUUGUUUUAAUAAAACCAUAUCCAAAGGAUCCCCUAGAA